AUGGAAACUUCGCUAUCGUCCGUCUACCGCCUUGAGGAGCUCGCUCGCUUUGAUAGACCUCGGUGUACAAAUAACUCAUGGGCUUCCCAAUCUUCAUGUCUCGAAACGCCGCUUCAAAAUCCUCCGCUUGAUAAAAACCAGCCAUUUAUGCAAGAGAAAAAGACCAUUCUUGACCCAAUCGAUCAUCUUGGCUGUCAUACGAACUCCCUCGGCGACCAAGUCCGGCACACCGCUGGUGUCCAACGUGACAUCGGCACCCAAUCCGCCAAACUGUCUGAAAAACUACAACGUUCAUGGCCGCUUUUACCUAACCACCCCCAAGAAUUCCAGCGAUUUGAUGAUUAUGAGUCCGUCCCGAGCUUCUCCAGUCGACCGGACCAGAAGCUCUGGACGUAUCAGAUCCGCAACGGCGCCGAUCGAGCCUGGCGACCGUGCUAUGCCUUCUCCGACCUCGAGUUCCACCCGCGCGACCUCGAGGUCAUGAAUUUCUACACCAGCCAGUUUCCGGGCAGCUUUCUCACCACGCGCGUCUUGGCCAUUCGAUUCCUCGCCCGCGACAGUCACAUCUACGGGAAGGUGGUUCUGGACCAGAACAAGGUCAAGGUGAACACGGGGGGUAAGUCCGUGCUGGUCCAGACGUGCGUGACCGAGGCGGAAGGAGUCGAGGUGUUAAGUACGCGAGCGGUUCGGCGUUGUCUUGGCGGAGGAGCAGCAGCAGGCGAUGCUCGGGAGAAACUCCGCAACAAUCUCUGGUGGUGCGGAUUGAAGGUUCUUGAUGGGACUGAAUUGGAAUGGGGUGGGGUAGGGCGUGAAAGGUCUUCCGUAGUUGGGUGGUACGGAGUGCCACUGGCAACAUCAUCAGCUUUUUCAUCUAGAAUUGACCAUACAACGAAACUCACGAUAUUACCUGGCAGUAUCUGA